GGAACCAUCAAUAGUUACAAAGGAGUGACGCCAAAAAGAAGACGAAGCAACGCACACUGUAAUUUGGUGCUUCACGAGCGCGAAACGUGGCGUCAGCAAACGAGCGCACACACGUAUGCGUGCGCGCCGCUACACUGUCAGCUCGUCUACUGCAUUGGUUCCUGCCUCCCAGCCGCAGCACCUCCUCGAACGCCGCUGAUUCCGCAGAUGCAAGGCGGCAAAAACAAACAAACUUAGAAGAAGAAAGCAAAGACAAAGUCUUCAAUCUAAGCGCAGGAGAUCCUUUCACCUGUCCAAACCUACGCACAUACAACCUGGGCCCUCUCCUACCUAUAGCUUUGACAACGACAAGCACACACAGAACUGCACCCCUCCACUCUCCAAAUCCACGUGUCGAGUUUAGCGACUUGUUUCGUUUUUUUCCGUGCACGCUGGUUUUGUUUUUCCCCUUCAAGCGCAUUCGUCAGCAGUUGAUUUCUCGGUGUUAUCUUUAUAUAUAUUGACGUAGUCGAAAGGAAGGAAAGCGCUGUGUUUCGGGAAACCGUCCAAUUAUUGCCACUAUUUAUUUGUUUUUCUCCCUCUUUUUUGACAUUUUCUUUCUGUUCUUAUUAUUUAACGACCUGCAGGACAUUUAAAUCACGAUAAAAGGUGGGGAGACGAAAUAGGAGAGGAGGGGAAAGACGGACUCUGAAUGCUUCGCUUAUAGAGAACAGCUUCACGGAUCAGCAUCCUGUGUGCCAUCUCAGCUUUUUUUUCUGCCGAACUGACUUGCUUUUUUUUUUGAGGAAGUGUGAUUUGUUUCUUUAGUACACUUAAUACACUUAGAUGUAUGUUUGACUUAACAACGAGUAUUGAAUACGUCAUUUCUGUUUCUGAAGGUACGUUUUCUACAGCAGUCGUCUCACUCGAAGAAAAGCAGUGAAACCACCGUUCCCAUUGAAGCGCACUGCACACACCUUUUGAUCCCUCUUUUCUUGCUCCCAGCGUCGCCGACCGUGUAUAUAGUUUUCUGGGUUUCCUCUUUUUUUUUUCCCUGAACGGAAUAUGCCCUUGUUUUUGAGCUUGCUCUGUUUUCUGUUUGUUAUUGUUUCUUUUCUUGCUUGCGUCUGUACAAACGUUGAAUUUUUCGCCGCAUCACCGACGACCUCCGCGUUUCUUUUUCCUUAGACCCUUUUACACACUUCCGUUUGUGCUCCCCCUUGUUUUUAUUGCUUGACCUCUUCGCUUUUAAAGCAACAAUAGUUUCAGACUCUUCCUUCGCUUUGCUAUCCUUUUCUUCACCUCCGCUUGUUUCUUUAACUAUAUAUAUAUAUUUGCGUCACCGAGUUCCAACGACGCUGUUGCUGCCUGUUUCUUCCCCAGCUCGGACUCUCCCCCACCUUUGAUACCUUUAUCGUGUACUGCAACCACGUGCAUGUUUAUGUUGGAUGCGGCGGGAUCCCCGUGCACCGUCGUGGACGCUGCAGCUGCUCCGCAGGGGUGUGGGUCGGAGGAAAAUGACAGAGAAGAGCUCCCAUUUCGUACUUCCUUGUUCGCUACUUUCACGCCGUAUACCAGUUCGUCUUCCGCUGCGCGUCCGCGCGGCUCUCGCGUGCAGAUGCCGCAGCUGAGGCCUGCCGUUCCGUUAGCUCAAUCGCCGUUAGUGGAUCGCCGCCAGCCGGACAGGUCGCUUCCGGGGCUUACGUCUCCCACCGUGGUCUCACGUUGCACACCAAGUUCAGCAACCGCCCAAGGUGUGUUUCAUGUGGAGGCCUCUCCCCCACCGGGGCCCGCCUCCACGUUCCCUACCGCCUCUCCUGCAGUGCAGGAACUUAAUUCGUUCGGCCGAUGGCUGUCGGCCGAAAAGUCGCUAAUCUCUUUCUUUGUCGCCCCCAGUGCCGACAGCGUCGGCGGCCAAGAACGGAGAGGCGGGGAUGUCGUAUGCGGGUCUGCUUCUUGUGUCCGAAGCCCCAUCGCCAUCGUGGGCUCGCGGACUCCCGUGUCCUCUCCGCUUCACCAGGUUGCAUCGUCUUCGCUGCCGCCGCUGUCGCCUCUGCGCGGCACAGCUGCGCCCCCCAUGGCCUUCCCCACAACCCCGCUGUUGCACGCACCCACGCCGUCGUCGUGGCGGGCAUGGCGCCUGGCGCUCUCCCUUUUCUGCCUUCUGAACGGCGCUCUGGCGUUCCUCUUUGCGUGGAUGAUGCGCACCGAGCAAAUUUCCUUCGCCGUCGCGGCGGCGCGCCGCCGGUGGGACCUCAACGAGCGCGCCGCCGCGACACGGAGGGCGGGUUUUUACUACGCCCUCCUCGGGCUCAUCCUCCUUGUGGACCGCACGAUGGUGCUGGUGUGCGUUGCCGUUCGUUUUGCCGGCCGCGGCGUGCGGGCUGGCUUUUCGAGUGGCCGACGCCUCACGCGGCUCUGCAGGGGGAGAGUCGCGGCGCUUCCCUUCUGUGCCCCGCUUCUGCGCCGCUGUACCCGCCGGAUCGACGACACGGAGGCGGCGUUGUUGUCGCCGCCGCCGCAGCCGCCCCCGCGCCUUGACGCAGCUGCGGAGGCGAAGGCGAGCUCACUGUGUGGCCUGUCAGCAAGUGCGCUAUGCGACCGGCGAGGCUCCCCCGAGGUAGAAGCGAAGUGGAAGUCGCCUGUACCAUUGAAGAUUCGCCGUCGCGGCAACUGA